UUCAAUCCAACGGUCCAAAACCAAUAAUUAAAGCAACAAUUCAUCAUUAUUAAUAAAACCCCAAAUUACUUUCUUCCUUCGUAUAAACCUAAACCUAACUCUCUUUCUCUGUCUCUCCCUUUUAUUCUUUUUGCCUUUUAAUAAAAGCUUCCUAUAGUUUGGUCGAUAAAGCUAGGGUUUUGUUUUACAGAUUUGGAGGUGAUCUUUUCUGGGUCUACACUUAUUGAGAGAGAGAUUUUUGAUAAGAUUUGAUUUUUUUUUUUUACUUUAAUUAUUUUGGUGGGGGAGAAGUGGUUUAAACUUUGGAGGGUUGAUUUGGAAGCCAAUGCCAUUUGUUUGGAAAAUUGGAAUUGAAGCAUUAAAAAAAGAGUGAUUUCCAUGUCUUGGGCUGGUCCUGAUGAUAUCUUUCUCUCCACUUCUCUUGCCACUUAUCUUGACAAGAAACUCCUUGUCUUGCUGAGAGACGGCCGAAAGCUUUUGGGAUUACUGCGUUCUUUUGAUCAAUUUGCUAAUGUUGUUCUAGAAGGAGCUUGUGAGCGAGUUAUUGUUGGAGAAUUGUACUGUGACAUCCCCUUGGGUCUAUAUGUAAUCCGUGGGGAGAAUGUUGUCUUAAUAGGAGAGCUGGACUUGGAAAAGGAGGAGCUUCCCUCACAUAUGACUCAUGUAUCGGCAGCUGAGAUAAAAAGGGCUCAGAAAGCAGAAAGGGAAGCAACAGAUCUGAAGGGCUCCAUGAGAAAAAGAAUGGAGUUCCUUGAUUUUGAUUAAUGGAUCCUGCUAUUUUUUAGACUUUCAUGCAAUGUUCGCAAAUAUUAGUGCGAUUGUGACCCAAAUAUGAACCCAAGGUGGGAUAAGCAUGAAAGAUUCUUACUUCAUCUCUGUUAUUGGAGGAGGAAGCUAGAAGACGGGGAAAAGUUCUUAACUAUCCUGAAAACCUUAUCUGCUAAAAGGUUGGGGAGAGGAAGCUAUUUUUUCUGUCUGUUAAGAGGCUAUGAUGAUGAUUUCUUUGUACCUGCAUUGCAUGGGCAAUAACUCUAUGUGCAGUACCUACAAUUACGAUCUUCGGUGAUUUUAGGAUUUUGAAAGUUUUCUGUUUAUACCCGAAAUUGUCUUUUGCUAUCCUUGUUUUUGUUUCUCUUUACUUUCUUUCUAGGCUCUUACAUUUCAUUUGAGUAGAAAUUGUUCAAAAUUGUCGUGGUUUGUUGCUUUGGUGCCGCAUUUUGUAAUGGCACAAUCACUUUCAAUUUAUUUGUAACGUGUUUAGUUAUGUUUCAUGAUCAUUAGAUGCAGAAGUUUCUUCG